AUGAUUACUCGUCGUCGACAAGAUUUAACUAGUUUAAGUUUUUGUUCGACAUGUACGACAGCUACAACUAGUAAUGUACGAUGGAGUGAUGUUUCAUCAGGUUCAUCAUUUAUUCCGACACUAUUAUCAUUUCAAAGACCAAUAAUAAAAUCUGCUCAUCGUUGUAUAAUUUCAUCAAUUCCACCAUCAUGGUCGCCUAUUUCACCAAAUUUACAAAAAUCUACUACUCUUCGUGAAUUUUGUUUACCACGACAAGAACCUCAAUCACCAGUUGAUAUAUUCAAUCGAUCAUCAUUAUAUUCAUGCUCACCAUCUUUAGUUAAAUUUAGUCGAACGCGUGCUAAAGAACGUUCAUCAAUAUCAACAAGUACAACAACACUUCCAUCAACAAUUAAUACAGGUAUUUUGCUACAUCCAACAACGACUUAUCUGACUGUUAAUGGAUCUAAAACACAUCAUCAUCAUCGUCAUCAUCACUGUCGUCAUACACGGUAA